UAAAAUUGAUAAAAAUGUUUUAUCUUCACUAUUUUCUCUAAAUAAAUUAAAAAAAUCACACAAAGAUAAGCUAAAAAACCAAAUCUGACAGUGUUCGUGCAUCUAUUUAUGGAAAUGUCGACAAAUUAGCUUGUUUCGUUGUUUCGUCGAGAAAUUAAUUCAAAUAAAUGAAACGGAAAGCUUUUCAUUAAUCAAAUGGAGAGAAACAUCGUAAUCAUAGGCGACGGAUAUGUCGGCAAAACGAGUAUUUUAAAUGCGAUCAAAGACAAGAAAUUUCAGGAACAAAUUCCUAAUGUGUAUGAUGAUUUCGAGUUGUGUCAAACGGUAAACGGCAAACAAUUCCAACUCAAGUUUAUCGAUACGGCAGGCCAGGAGGAAUUCGCAAUGAUCAGGAAUCUUUCCUACAAAGAUGCGAACCUUUUUUUAUUGUGCUUCGCAGUUGACGAUCCAGUUUCUUUCGAAAAUAUGGAAAGUGUCUGGGUACCAGACUUGCAAAACUGUAAAGAUGUACCAGUGGUUCUCGUUGGUACAAAAUCAGAUCUACGCAAAACCAAUUCCUGCAUAAAUCGAGACGAAAUUAUCAAAUUUCAGAAAAAAAUCAAUGCUCUAUUUUACGCAGAAUGCUCAGCGAAGACUUUGGACGGAAUUGAGGAUUUGAAGAAAAGGAUUUUGAAGUUGUUUGCCAAAGAAAAGUCUUGCAUCAUCCAAUAAAUUAAAUUUCUUUUACUUGAAAAUGGCUGUGUUUUAUUUUUUCAAUAAAAAAUUUGUUUUA